AUGCGUUUGUUGGCGAACCGGAAUAUUUACAUGUUUGAGGACAGAGGGGAACAUGUCGGCUCCAGGUUUGCGCAAAUGCAUUCGAUCAGUUGUGAUGUGAUUUGGUCGGUAGCGCCACUUUAUUCGUUGUCGAACGACGCCGAAACUUGCUAUUCCCAUUCUAGCCUCAUUCAUAGCCUCAGUGAUAGCGUUUCCAUGACACUGUCGAGAGGGUCUGUUGCAAGUGGCUUCGAGUCCGCGACCCUUUGGUCCGGGACCUUUUUCGCAAUUCGCCCACAAAGUGGUACAUCGGACGUCGGCAUACGCCGCGGCUCUAUUGGGGGGUCCGUUGCCUCAUGUCGACUCUCAACAAGAGGCUGGGCCCUUCGAGGCGAGGCGAGGCGAGGCGAGGCGAGUCGAGUCGAGAUGAAGAAGAGUCGAGUGAGGCUGCGAGAGCAGAGAGAGGACGAGAAGAGUCGACCGAUUGGUUGUGAGAUGUCCUUGCCCUUAUGCCUCCCUAAGACGGCCCGUGAAUCUCUGCUCAAGACCCGGUCACUAAGUGACCCAGCCCGGUCUAUCAAGUCUGCGAAUUAG